CGUGCGCACAGGGAGUUGUCUUUAGAGAGCAGAGAAACAUAUUAUUAUAUAAAGGUUUUGACAGCAUUUGACGGUCUUACCCAAUGAACUGCGUGGUGUUAUUUUAAUCUAAAGGGACACAUGUUGUACUUUUGUGAUAAUAUUUCCUCUGAAGCUUGUUGUAGUUGUUGAUGUUAGUUAAUAAUUAAUUUAACAGGAUACAAUAUGCAAAACUACUUAGAGACCAUCAGGGAGUUUGCAGAGAGGCAUGCAGCCGGUCUCACUGUCGCUGUUGUUGCAGGGGCAGGCGUACUGGCCUUGCGUAGGUGGCUGGCUGGGGGAGUGUGUCGGAGCAAGGUCAGGCUGGAUGGGAAAACAGUCCUGAUCACUGGAGCCAACACUGGCAUUGGGAAGGAGACGGCCCUGGAUAUGGCCAAGCGAGGAGCCAGAGUGAUCCUGGCCUGCAGAGACAUGACCAGAGCCCGCAUUGCAGCUGACGACAUCCGGCAGCAGAGUGGAAACGGCAACGUGACGGUGAAGAAGCUGGACCUCUCCUCACUGCAGUCUGUCAGGGACCUGGCCAAAGAUGUCCAGGAGAACGAGGAACGCUUAGACAUCCUCAUCAACAAUGCCGGUAUCAUGAUGUGUCCUAAGUGGAAGACCGAGGAUGGCUUUGAAUUGCAGUUUGGCGUAAACCACCUGGGACAUUUUCUCCUCACCAACUGUCUCCUUGACCUGCUGAAGAAGUCAACUCCAAGUCGCAUCGUCAUCGUCUCCAGCCUGGCACACGAGAAAGGCGAAAUACACUUUGACGACAUCAACCUUGAUAAAGACUACCAACGCAAGACGAGCUACCGCCAAAGCAAGCUGGCCAAUGUGCUCUUCUGCAGAGAACUGGCUUCGAGACUGCAAGGCACUGGUGUGACAGUGUACAGUCUUCACCCGGGGGUCAUCCGCACCGAGUUAGGCCGCCACUUGAUCCCUACUUUAGCUCUGUGGCAGAGGAUCAUAGCCAAACCUUUUAUAUUGCUGAUCAAAAGUCCCUGGGAGGGAGCUCAGACCAGCAUCUACUGCGCUGUAGAUGAGAGCCAGGCAGACGCAAGUGGCCUCUACUACAGUGACUGUGCCCCCAAAACGCCGGCGCCACAGGCCCUGGAUGAUGCUGCAGCCAAGAAGCUGUGGGACCUCAGUGCCUCCAUGGUUGGUCUGGCUUAAACCCAACAGCCUGCUCCGCUGCUUGCGUCAUGUACUCCUCCUGCUGGAGUCAGCUGAUUACACGGGUGAAUCAAUCGCGGCAAAUGGGGUUUUAUUAUCUAAUGGGUAAGGGCAUUGCAUUAAAGGUACAGUGUGUAGGAUUUGGUGGCAUCUAGUGGUGGAGUACCUCUCCGCUAACUCCUCCCUUUCUAAGACUGCGGUAACGUGAGCUGGCGAGUGCAAAACCGUGGUAACGCCGUUCACCUCGCCCAGAGGCCUUCUUACCAUAAUAACACUACUUUAGGAGCAACGGUAGUCAGACGGCGGCCCAUGUUACUGAAGUUUCACGAGCGUGUCGGAGAACUACGGUGGCCUUCAGGUAACGUAAAAACACUAUAGGCUCUCUCUAGAGACAGUGUUUGGUUUGUCCGUUCUGGGCUACUGUAGAAACAUGGCGAACUCCGUGAA